CGGACCCUGGAGGCGCAGGCGCACUAGACGCUCUACCCCCCGAGUGUCUUUUCUAUGAUCGGGAACUUCCGGUCAUCAUCAUGGCGGCGCCCAUGAGGCUGAAGAGCACGCUGGCUGUGGUGACAGGUGGUGGCAGCGGGAUCGGACGAGCCAUCUGCCAGCGGCUGUCACAGGAAGGGGCUUCAGUCGCCGUUGUUGAUGUUAACAUUGACUCCGCUAAUGAGACCCUGCAGAGCCUGUCACGUGGUGUCCCAGGACAGGACCAUGUGGUCCUCACAGCCGACGUCUCCAGAUCUGACAGUGUCCUCGCUGUAAUGGAGCAGAUACAGUCUCGCUUCUCUGCUCCUCCUCGUGUGGCUGUGAAUAGCGCCGGAAUCACCAGGGAUGAAUUUCUGCUUCGCCUAUCAGAGGAAAGCUUCGACUCGGUGCUGAGCGUCAACCUAAAGGGUCCGUUCCUCAUCACACAAGCCGUGGCCCGAUCUAUUGUGUCCAGCGGACAGAACGGCGGGUCCAUCAUCAACAUUGGAAGCAUCGUGGGAAAGGUGGGAAAUCUCGGUCAAGCCAACUACGCUGCCUCUAAAGCCGGAGUUGAAGGUCUUACCAAGACUGCGGCCAAAGAACUAGCCAAGUUCGGUAUCCGCUGUAACACAGUAUUACCUGGAUUUAUUGCCACCCCAAUGACGGAUAAAGUCCCACAGAAAGUGCUGGACAAAAUUUCGGGUAUGAUACCUCUGGGGAGACUCGGACAGCCUGAAGAUAUUGCUGAUGUUUGCGCUUUCCUGGCCUCAGACGACAGCAAAUAUAUCACCGGGACAAGUAUAGAAGUGACAGGGGGUCUGUACUUAUGAUGGGUUUGUCAUGAAGGUGUGUGAAUCGUGAGAGUCCAUGUCCUGCUGACAUACAGUCUCCAAACAGCCACGAGCGCCCGGCCCCGCCCACCGCAUCUAAUUAUUGUACCGUAAUUGUAAAGAUAUUUGAUAUAACUACCAUAAUAAAUAUUUAAUAUAUUUUAUAUUUCUAAUUUUAUGUGUAAUUUUAGCGGGAGUGGUCAGGAGGCGCGGAGCUGUGUGUUUUAUUGUCUCUGUAUAACGUUGCGAUGUAAUCACUAGUCCGCGGUCAACAUGGAUUGUAUUUUGGAACAACUGCGUGAAUCGUUUCUAGGGUUACUGAGUUAUUAGGGUUCACUUUUUUUGCACUUUGACGUAAGCAUAUACCCUCCGGUAUUAUAAAAUCUGUACAAUAUGUCCCCCCAUGACAACCCCCUUCCCCGCAGUACCUAAAGCAGUGUUUCCUAACUGGUGUGCCUUCAGCUGUUGUAAAACUACAACUCCCAGUAUGCCACUGUUAUCAUUAUGGACAAAAAAAAACUCAUACCUGACACAUCGGCUAAAACAGGUGAGCACAAGGCAUACACUAGAACCUCUAC